AGCGACGGAGAUGAUGCCAUGGCUAGGCCCGUGCGCACAUGCGUCCCGUCCAUGCCCAGGAUGGAUAUGCAAAGGAUGAUCCCAUGAUCCACUCUCAUGGCGUCGCCUUUUGGCGCCUGUAUAUAAACGCUCCCCUGCCGUUCCUGCGGGCUAUCUGCACACCGAGCUCUGAGUAAGCGUUCCAGUUUCGGAGGUAGCUUUGCUAAGGUCCAAUGGCGGACAUGCAGAUCGUCCUGUCCGGGAGGAAGAUCGAGGCGCAGUACGUGGAGAUGAAGGUGCCGCUCUACUCCUACGGGUGCGAGAAGAAGAUCAAGAAGGCACUCUCGCAUCUGAAAGGGAUACAUUCGGUGCAGGUGGACUACCACCAGCAGAAGGUGACCGUGUGGGGGAUCUGCAACCGCGAGGACGUGCUCGCCGCCGUCCGGAAGAAGCGGAGAGCGGCGCGGUUCUGGGACGGCGACGAGCUGCUGGGUCCCGGAGAGCAUGCGCCGGCGCCCGGAGACGCUCCCAAGCAGUACCUGGCGGCGUUCACCGCGUACAGGUUGAGGAAGUCGUGGAAGAAGCUGUUCCCGCUGAUCCGACUGUAAAAUUCUGGCCGUGAGCGUAUUAGCUUUUUCUGACAAGUGGAGGCGUAUUCCGCGAGCGAAUUGGUCGCAAGGAAUGGCAAAAGCGUUGUAACGGUAGCGGGUGCGUGUUGAUAUCGAACAAAUCUGCUGCGGGUUACAGUCUUAUAGACGUGCGAAUCACAACGAUAUACCGUUUGCAUGCACGGAUCAAAUGCAGUUCGAUCAGGCAUCAUAGUUCGUUGGGUGGACACAAACGAAGUUGGCAAA